AUGAUGACCCCCGGGAGCCCCGAGACCCCUGAACCUGCAGAGACCCCCGACCUUCCAGAGCCUGUAGAGACCCCCGAGCCUUCAGAGACUCCCGAGCCCCCUGAACUUCCAGAGCCCCCAAAGCUUCCAGAGACCCCGGGAACCCCGAGACCCCCGAGCCUGAGAGACUCCCGGGAUCCCGAGCUACCAGAGACCCCUGAGCUUCCAGAGCCUGCAGAGACCCCCGAGCCCGCAGAGACCACAGAGACCCCCGAGCUUGCAGAGCCUGCAGAGACCCCAGAGCCUCCAGAGCCCCCUGAACUUCCAGAGCCUCCAGAGACCCCCGAGCUCCCUGAGCCUCCAGAGCCCCCUGAGCUUCCAGAGACCCCAGAGCCCGCAGAGACCCCCGAGCCCCCUGAGCCUGCAGAGACCCCCGAGCUUCCAGAGCUUCCAGAACCUCCAGAGCUUCCAGAGACCCCCGAGCCCCCCAAACUUCCAGAGCUCCCCAAGCUUCCAGAGCCUCCAGAACCGCCAGAGCUUCCAGAGACCCCCGAGCUCCCUGAGCCUGCAGAGACCCCCGAGCCCCCAGGCUUCCAGAGCUUCCAGAGCCUCCAGAAUCUCCAGGGCUUCCAGAGACCCCCGAGACCCCCAGGCUUCCAGAGCCCUCCGAGCUUCCAGAGACCCUCGAGCUUCCAGAGCCCCCCUCAAGCUCUCAGAGCCCCCAGACUGCUGCUGCUGCUGCUCUGCCCCCUGUGCUGGGGCCAGCAGAGACGCAUCGAUCCCAGCCGGCCGCUCCAAACCUCGUCCCCCCGCAGAGACCCCUCCUCGAGCAGGAGCCCCGGGAAUGCCGUGGGAACAGGAGGAGAAGUCGGGCCUGAAAUGCUGCAGGAAAUGAGGGAAACCAACCGGGUGCUGCUGGAAGUUCGGGAUUUGUUGAAGCAGCAGAUCAAGGAGAUCACGUUCCUGAAGAACACGGUGAUGGAGUGCGACGCCUGCGGGAUGCGGCCGGAGGUGACGGGCCCGGUGAUCACCAUGACCCAGUUCAGUCGCUGCGUGCCCAACCCCUGCUUCCCCGGGGUGCCCUGCACCGAGAGCGGCGGCGGCUUCCGCUGCGGGCCCUGCCCGGCGGGCUACACGGGGAAUGGCACCCACUGCAGCGAUGUCAAUGAGUGCAAUGCCAACCCCUGCUUCCCCAAAGUCCAGUGCAUCAACACCAACCCCGGCUUCCGCUGCGACCCCUGCCCGCCCGGCUUCACGGGCCAGCUGCUGGAGGGGCUGGGACUGGCCUUUGCCAGGGCCAACAAACAGGUGUGCACCGACAUCAACGAGUGUGAGACUGGAGCUGCCAGGAAUUGUGUCCCCAACUCCAUCUGCAUCAACACCCGGGGAUCCUACAAGUGCGGGGCCUGCAAGCCGGGCUUUGUGGGGGAUCAGAUCAGCGGCUGCAGGAGCCAGGCGGCCCCGGGGACACGGCGCUGCCCCAACGGCGACAUCAGCCCGUGCCACGAGAAGGCGGAGUGCAUCGUGGAGAGGGACGGCUCGCUGUCCUGCCAGUGCCUCGUGGGCUGGGCAGGGAACGGCUACGUGUGCGGGAAGGACACGGACAUCGACGGCGUGCCCGACGAGAAGCAGCGCUGCUCCGACAAGAAAUGCCGCAAGGAUAACUGCGUCACUGUCCCCAACUCCGGCCAGGAGGACGCGGACCGGGACGGCAUCGGGGACGCCUGCGAUGAUGAUGCCGAUGGGGACGGGAUCCCGAACGCGGAGGACAACUGUGUGUACACGAGGAACGCGGACCAGCGCAACGCCGACAGGGACAACUUCGGGGACGCGUGUGACAACUGCCGGCAGGUGAAGAACAACGACCAGAAGGACAUCGACGGGGACGGCAAGGGCGACGAGUGCGACGAUGACAUGGACGGCGACGGGAUCAAAAACUCCAUGGACAACUGCAGGAGAGUUCCCAACCCUGACCAGAGGGACGGGGACGGGGACGGCGUGGGGGACGCCUGUGACAGCUGCCCCAGCCUCAGCAACCCCGACCAGAAAGACACAGACCACGACCUGGUGGGAGAUGAGUGUGACACCAACCAGGACAGUGACGGCGACGGCCACCAGGACUCUCGGGACAAUUGUCCCUCAGUGCCCAACAGCUCCCAGGUGGACACGGACGGGGACGGGCUGGGGGACGAGUGUGACGAGGACGAUGAUGACGAUGGCAUCCCCGACUUCCGCCCGCCCGGCCCCGACAACUGCCGGCUGGUCCCCAACCCCGGGCAGGAGGACUCGGAUGGGGACGGCGUGGGGAACCUGUGCGAGGACGACUUCGACAGGGACAUGGUGAUCGACAGGAUCGAUGUGUGCCCUGAGAACGCCCAGGUGACCCUGACCGACUUCAGGGCCUUCCAGACCGUGGUGCUGGACCCCGAGGGGGACGCCCAGAUCGACCCCAACUGGAUCGUGCUCAACCAGGGCAUGGAGAUUGUGCAGACCAUGAACAGCGACCCUGGCCUGGCUGUAGGGUACACAGCCUUUAACGGGGUGGAUUUCGAGGGCACCUUCCACGUCAACACGGCCACGGACGACGACUACGCCGGCUUCAUCUUCGGCUACCAGGACAGCUCCAGCUUCUACGUGGUGAUGUGGAAGCAGAUGGAGCAAACCUACUGGCAGGCCAACCCCUUCAGGGCCGUGGCAGAGCCGGGCAUCCAGCUGAAGGCAGUGAAAUCCAAAACAGGGCCCGGGGAGUACCUGAGGAACUCCCUGUGGCACACGGGGGACACCACGGACCAGGUGAAGCUGCUCUGGAAGGACCCCAGGAAUUCGGGCUGGAAGGACAAGACCUCGUACCGCUGGUUCCUGCAGCACCGGCCCCAGGUGGGCUACAUCAGGGCUCGGUUCUAUGAAGGCCCCGAGGUGGUGGCAGACACGGGGGUUGUCCUGGACACCACCAUGCGGGGGGGGCGCCUCGGGGUGUUCUGCUUCUCCCAGGAGAACAUCAUCUGGUCCAACCUGCGCUACCGCUGCAACGACACCAUCCCAGAGGACUACGAGACGUUCCGGGAGCAGCAGAACUGAGCCCAGCCCGGUGCCUGCAGCCCCUCCUGCUUCCUGCUCCUGCUCUGGACCCUCCCAGCGCUGCCUCACAGCCUCCAGCUCCCCUU